ACUGACUCACUGACUCGAGUCCCCAAGAGCCAGUUCAACCUCCAGUGCACAUGGAAACAAAAAAAAAAAUCCGUAUCUGUACGGCAACAUGUUGACUGAAUGGACAUUUAUCCCCGAGCAAGACGGAGGGACAACGAGAAAUAUAGCGUGCUGGAAAGUGUCAAAUCAGAGCGAGGAAUAUUGCAUCGAUAUCUCAUGGCCAUUGACGUGGUCAACCCUGGACCAUGCUGUCACUGCCAAUGUCAUCUAUCUUGUCGACGGAAAUGCCCUGUUCCUAACGGCAACAGAGACACUUCGACGGCGACAAUCGUUCCGGCCCAAGGAACCAGCUACCAUUGUUGUAGGCAUCGGGUAUCCUCUGACAGACUCAGUAUUCAGUUCUCGACGGAGCAGGGACCUUACUCCUCCUUGUACUCAUUACACCCCGCCUGAUGGGCCAGACGGCCAGCCUAGACCAGAACCGUAUGGAGGUGCGGAUCAGUUCUUGACCUUUAUCACCGAUGUCGUUCGACCCUUUAUUGAAUCCCGGCUAUUCCCCCAUGCCUCUUUCGUUCGAAGAGCCUUAUUCGGUCACUCUUACGGUGGCCUGUUCGUGCUCCAUACCCUCUUCACACGCCCGGCAAGCUUUGAUGUGUACCUUGCUGCCAGCCCAUCGAUCUGGUGGAAUAAUCGCUUCAUCCUGUCGGAGGCAUCGAAAUUCUGCACUGAUGCGUCCAUGGUACCUCCGCUAUUCCUGCGACUAUCCUUGGGAUCACGAGAGCAAUUUCCGGUGCGCCAAAAGGGGGAAUCCAUGGAGGGAUUCCAGCGACGGGUAGCGGCUGCAACUCGGCGGCGAAUGACCGAGAAUUGUAGUGAACUCGCAUCCCAACUUACACAGAGCAACCGGCUACAUGCAGUCGAACAAAGAGAGUACCUCCAUGAGGACCAUGGCAGUGUCAUUGCUCCCGCAUUGAGUGGGGGGAUAUUCUAUUUCCUUGACAUUGGGGGCGAGUUUAAUCGUUAAUAAUGACUAUACAAAGUUUCCCUCUCAUCACAUAACU